GGGGCAGAUUAGCGUUGAGGGCAGUAAUCUGGUUUCAGCACCAUGGAUAGCAGGCACUCGCGGGCAGACAGCGCUCAACCGUUCAUUAGAGAUACACAUUUCGAUUUGUUUUAGAAGUUUUUUUUGACUUGCUGAAAUAACAUUGUCUUAUCUCAAUUUCAAAUGUAGUCAUGGGAAGUUUUUUUAUUUUCUUGAAAUUCUACUCACGGUUAAGGAUAGACUAUUUGAGCUGAAUUAGGAGACAAUUAACACAAAAAAGAGGGCAUGCGUGCGUAAAACAACUAUAAACUGUGUGGGCCAGUUUGGUUAAUGAAGGAAGGUUUAAUGGUUUACGAGUGAGUAAGAGGUAAAGGGCGGAGGGAGAAGGUGACAGCGAAGAGGGCUGCGCGCUCAAGCGGGAGUGCGCGUAGACAGCAUAUCGGUCGGAACCCCGAGUCGCGAGGAUGGAGAUCCGACCAGAUAGGUUUAAAAUCGUCGCUGGCGAGACCCUCGGAAAAUUACACAAAAUCCUAGAAAAGCGUCAGGAAAAUGGCGAGACCAUUGAACUCACCGAUGAAGGCCAGGCGGUUAUUGUGGGGGAAAAGGAAAUGCCCGUGGUAGACUGCACAUGCUUUGGCCUGCCCCGGCGUUACAUCAUUGCCAUCCUCUCCGGCUUGGGCUUCUGCAUUUCCUUCGGCAUCCGAUGCAACCUGGGCGUGGCCAUCGUAAGCAUGGUCAACAACCACACUGUCUACAAGGACAACAAGCCGUACCUCGAGAAAGCUCAGUUCAACUGGGAACCGGAGACGGUUGGAAUGAUCCACGGUUCAUUUUUCUGGGGAUACAUCGUAACCCAAAUACCUGGGGGAUUCAUCUGUCAAAAGUUCGCGGCUAACAGAGUCUUCGGCUUUGCCAUAGUGGCCACCUCAUGCCUGAAUAUGUUGAUCCCAUCGGCAGCACGCACUCACAUCGGUUGCGUUAUCCUCGUCAGGAUAUGUCAAGGACUCGUGGAGGGUGUUUCGUACCCAGCGUGCCACGGCAUCUGGGCAAAAUGGGCUCCGCCCCUGGAAAGAAGUCGAUUGGCCACAACGGCCUUUUGCGGAUCCUAUGCGGGAGCUGUGAUAGCCAUGCCACUGGCUGGGGUUCUGGUCCAGUACUCUGGGUGGCCAUCUGUGUUCUAUGUUUAUGGAAGCUUUGGGGUUUUAUGGUAUCUAUUCUGGAUCCUGGUGUCAUACGAGAGUCCUGCAGCCCACCCCACCAUCACAGAUGAGGAGAAGAUAUACAUUGAGGAGGCUAUUGGAAUGUCCGCCGCUAACUCAACACCUGUCACAAAAUGGAAUACACCUUGGAAAGCCUUCUUCACUUCGAUGCCGGUCUACGCGAUCAUCGUGGCCAAUUUCUGUAGAAGCUGGACCUUCUACUUGCUCCUCAUCAGCCAACCUGCAUACUUUGAGGAAGUGUUUGGGUUUGAGAUCAGCAAGGUAGGUUUGGUGUCGGCUCUUCCCCAUCUAGUGAUGACGAUCAUAGUGCCCAUCGGUGGCCAGCUGGCUGACUACCUGCGCUCACACAAAAUCAUGAGCACCACCAACGUCCGGAAAAUGAUGAACUGUGGAGGUUUUGGAAUGGAAGCAACCCUACUUCUUGUGGUCGGGUUUUCCCAUACUAAAGCAGUGGCUAUCACCUUCUUGGUUCUGGCUGUGGGCUUCAGUGGGUUCGCCAUUUCAGGCUUCAACGUGAAUCACCUGGACAUCGCUCCCCGCUAUGCCAGUAUCCUCAUGGGCAUCUCCAACGGCGUAGGCACACUGUCUGGCAUGGUGUGCCCCCUCAUUGUUGGCGCCCUGACCAAACAUAAGACGAGGGAAGAGUGGCAGUAUGUGUUUCUCAUUGCUGCGCUCGUUCAUUAUGGAGGUGUUAUAUUCUAUGGGGUUUUUGCCUCGGGAGAAAAGCAAUGGUGGGCAGAGCCUGAGCAACUCAGCGAUGAGAAAUGUGGAAUUCUGGAUGAGGAUGAAUUGGCCAACGAGACGGAUGAGUUGUACCGUACCAGCGGUGGAGGAGGCUACGGAGCAACGAAACAAGCCCAGGAUCCCAAUGGAGGAGGAGGCCCAGGGACUUGGGUUUCGGACUGGGACAAAACUGAGGAGUUGGUACAACCACCAGGAACUAAUAACUACCUGUAUGGAGGAGGGGAAGACAGGGAGCUAACAUAGAUGGAGUUACAGCUAGACGUUACAGGUUGGGGUAAUAGUUAGGAAGAGUACAUAAGAGUGAAGCGUUUCCUUGCGGCACAGGAACUUGAAAAUAUGUGCGGCGGAUGGAUGGGACGAGGACAAGGAGAUUGAUGAAAGCCAUCCUGAACAAAGAAAUAUUACCAAGAACUGAAAAUGAUUGUACAAAAGAGUUAGCAAGAUGAGCUAUAGCUGUACUAAACGUAUGUAUGUGAGUGUGGUUUUGCAUUUGUGACUGUGUGUGGAACAAGAUCACCAGGAGUAUUUUAGGGCACCAAGCAUCUUCGUGAAUACUGGGACACCUCUUAUGAAAAAGGGAUAUUUUUAGGCCUAGUUUGGCUGCGUUCAUUGUGUGUAGACUAACCCACUAUAAGGGUUGUUAGGUUGGUUUUAGUUCAAAACGACUAACACUCAUGUUCUUUUUAAACACGUUUGUCAUAAGACUGCCAGUAGACGGACAAUUGAUGGCCCUUAGUUAUAUUACAAUCCAUCAACGAAAGACAAAUUAUGUUGGAGCAAAUGUUUACUCCAACUAUGAUCACGCUCACACUUAAGAAAAAGCAUCUAACUUGUGCCAAUACAGUAAAGUAUUUCGUACUGUAGUAUUGGUUUGCUCAAUCUGGUGAGAUGCAAUCUCAAAAUGCAAGCCUCGGCCACAUCUUGAAAAGUUAUUGACAUCCACACUGCUAGGCGGAAUGCUGUAUCUUUAGUCUGUGCGUAAAGCUCCAUUUUUCAUGUCUACCAAUUGUAUAGUUUAUUAGGCCUCUAACUUGUCUGUUUGGUUGAAAAUUAUUGUUUAUUGACGCGUUGCCUUGUACAGAAUUACAAGGGAGGUGGUGUUUAGACACAAAGCAAGAGAAGGGUAAGAAAAAUAGUUGCACCCAAGACAAUCACAGAUUCACCUAUUAUCUAGUAUAUACAGUAAAUAUCACAUUCAGGACAUUUGUUGGAAUCUUCAAUACGUUUUUUAUUGUAUUUGAUUUUAUAUGGCUGUAUCAAGGUGUUUCGGGUAAGGACAUUUCACGAUUGCAAAAAAACGUCAUAGUAUUGUUCAGUCACAAGUCUGCAUUCUGUACACUGCGGGUAAAUUAUACUCUCCACCUUUAACUGUGAUGUAGUUACGUAUGUUAUUGUAGCUCUGUUUGUAUCAAUUCCCACUGUUUGUCUUGCCUGUGAUAUAUUGCAGUGUCAGGGGCACUUUCACUGAAGAAGCAGUUUGCUGGCACCAAGGAGCCAAAAAAACACCUGCCAGCCUGUGCCCCGCAUCACAGUGACUAAGCAAUAACCCACCGAGGGAGAGAUACUCUGUUGUCAUGAGCUCAACGAGGGCCCACUAUGACCCUAUCAAUCACGGAUCCAAAUCAAUCACAGUGACCGCUUUGAAGGGAAAAAGGGUGCGUGAGGCUAUGUGUGCCUGUCAAUGGUUCACUGUGCAAACCUGGGAUUGAUGGAGCCUCCCUCUGUGCUCAUUAGGGAUCCAACACAAGUAAACAGACGGAAACAGGGAGGGACCGAUCCAAUUAGAAACAGUCUUUCUUUUUUUCUUUGCAUAACCUGACAUAGAAUUGACUUGGCGAGAAGGAAAGAAAAAUCUAGGGGGAGGGUCUCUUCUGCACUGUUCAGCCAAUCCAGUAACAUUAUUCUUUUUAACAUCCAGAAGCGGAAGUCAGGCUUUCUCUUUCUGUUCUCCCUGAAAAACUGAAAAAUAGUGUUCCCUGGUGAAUUCAAUCCUGGUGUCCAGACAAAGCAGAGAAGUGGGACCAGAGAUCUCUCCCGCAAAGGCCUCCCUCUUUCAAGCUUUCUAUCUCUCGAUCUCUCUGUCUUUCUCUACUUUCCUUUACCUGUGUAGCCUGCAGUGAAGUGUAAAUCUGGAUGAAUGUAGAAAAUUGGGUGGCUAGAUUCUGAAUGCACUUAGUCAAAAAGCAAUAAAUAUUAAAUUAUGUAUGUCACUGAACAUUUUGAAUUUCUGUAGAUAAAUAACUUUACUGGUAAGCGUUGUGAGUUGUCUAGUGAGCCUUAGAGCCCUCAAAGAAAUAAAAGCUAUGUUUUUAUUGGCAAGAAGUGUUAUAUCAUAGUUAGACUUGGAUCAAAUUCAUACUGUAUGUCAAAUAACGUUUGAGUGCCCUUGAUUUAGCUUGGAGCUUGAACUUGACUCUUUUGUACCAGACAAACGAAAUCAGUUGUAGCUCAAGUAAUUAACAUUAUAUUUGUGUUCGACCCAUGUCUGAUGACUUUGACUGGAGAUUUUGCUUCAGUCCCAGCAGAUACUAUAACUUACAGUAUAAUUACUCUUUCACAGUCUUGUACAAUGAAAAUCAUUAACUGUUAGGGACUUAACUGAUAUUGUUGUUAUUGUUAUGUGUUUUUGUUUCUUUUCUUUUUCAAACUGAUCUGUCAGAACUGUUUGGUUCUUUACUGUAAAAUGCAAAAUGUUAUGUGUACAAAACAUGUACAUGUGGAAGAAUAUUGGAUAAUAAAAUAUAGAAGACAA